AUGUGCACGGACAGUUCAGGGACAUCGUCGCCUUUCUACAUCACAACACCUAUAUUUUAUGUCAAUGCGUCGCCGCACAUUGGGCAUAUGUACUCGGCUGUAACGGCUGACUAUUUACAUAGAUAUAAGAUUCUACGAGGGUGUCAUUCGAUGUUCUCAACAGGCACAGACGAACACGGUCUGAAGAUUCAGCAAGCUGCUGAAAUCGCCGGUAAAGAUCCCCUAAGUUUCUGCACGGGUAUAUCAGAGAAAUUUAGACACACAUUCGAUAGUUUCGACAUUUCAUAUACGGACUACAUUCGGACCACUGAGAAGAGGCAUCGCGAUGCUGUAGAGCACUUCUGGACUGACUUAUGCAGUAAAGGCUACAUCUACAAAGGGAGAUAUGAGGGAUGGUAUUCCACACCCGACGAAAGUUUUCUGACCCCUACACAAGUUAUCGACAGCACAGAUUCUUUAGGAAGAAAUAUCAAAAUAUCUGCCGAGAGUGGACACGAGGUAGAGUGGAUGAAGGAGGACAAUUACAUGUUCCGUCUGUCUGAAUUCCGCUCAGACUUGAAGCAAUGGUUAAGGGAAAAUCCAAGGGCUGUUCAACCAGAGAAGUUUUACCAUAUUGUUGUCCAGUGGCUUGAGGAAGAUAUGCCUGAUCUGUCCGUAUCACGGCAGAGUAAUCGCCUUCAAUGGGGUAUUCCAGUGCCAGGGGACCCUGAACAGACCAUUUAUGUGUGGUUGGAUGCUUUGGUGAACUACUUAACUGUUGCUGGUUACCCAGAGUAUAGUAGCCAGUGGUGGAAUUCUGCCCACCAUGUUGUGGGUAAGGACAUUCUCAAGUUCCAUGCAAUUUACUGGCCUGCAUUUCUGUUGGCUGCUGGGCUGCCUCUUCCUCAAGUGAUAUAUGUACAUUCUCACUGGACAGUCAAUGGAAAGAAAAUGUCCAAGAGUCUUGGAAAUGUGGUUGACCCACUUGAGAAGUCCCAAACCUUUACUGUGGACGGUAUGAGGUACUUUCUCCUGAGACAAGGGGUUCCAGACGUGGACUGUGAUUAUUAUGAUGAUAAAGUUGUGAAACUUCUUAAUAGUGAACUAGCUGACUCACUUGGAGGUCUCCUGAAUCGCUGUGUUGCUCCCUCCCUCAACCCGGCACAAGUUUACCCCCAGUUCUGCAACAUGUCCUUCCCCAAGGAACCAAAGGAAGGAUCCAGGGCUGUUUUGGAGGACUAUCAAAUGCUUGACUGUGUUGCUAGACUUCCUGCCGUAGUGGAGGAGCACUAUGAGAAUUUACAUGCAUAUAAAGCAUUAGAGGCUAUCCGUGGGUGCGUGAGGCAGACCAAUGGAUUCAUCCAAAGACAUACUCCAUGGAAGCUUGACUGUAGCAACAGCAGGAACAAAUCCUGGUAUGACACCAUCCUCCAUGUUUCAAUGGAGUGCCUAAGGAUCUAUGGAAUUCUUCUGCAACCUGUAGUUCCAAGACUAUCAGAUAAGCUCUUAUCAAGGCUGGGAGUUAGACCAGAGGAGAGGAAGUGGGAUAAUCUUGACUUCUUGCCAAAAUAUGAGGGCAGAGAAUGUUCCUUGGAGGGGCGAAAACUGGGUCCUGACACCGGGCUGCUCUUCAGUCGUUUGGAGAGAAAAAAAGUGGAGAUACAGAGACCCAUGAAAGCAACUAGAGUGAAGAAGAAGUUUUAAGUAAACGGGUUAUUUCAAGUAAUAUAUUGUCGAACUUUACGACCUUGCUGACAACUACCUGAUUUGAAUAUGACUUUGAUAAAAAUUUGAAAGGAGUGUGUGGGAACAACUUUAUUAGCUGGCAUCAUUGAAAG